AUGGUAUCUGUGGGCAAACAAGAAGAGUUCAACAGGCUGGGUUGGAGAAUCGGUGCAGAGUCCAACCGUAAUGACCUGGGCGAUGAAGUUGCUCCCAGUGGGGCUUUGCCGUUUGCAGAGAGCGGCUGUGGUGUCUUUGUCAGCUCCUUGACGCGCGGCUGCGCAUCUGCUCAAGAACGGCCCUACACUUCCCGUCCGUCCAGAACACAACAGCUAGCAAACCCAAAGCUGGUUCCAGAGCUGAUGAGCGAUGUUCCGAAUGAUUUAUUGCGAACCAAAGGCGUAGCUGAUGAGCAACUGGCAUUGAAGGAACGUGAACGGGGCCGCAAUAGGGAAGACUCAGACUAUGAUAGAGACCAUGACGAUGCGACUCACCGGCGCCCUGAAAAACGGUUGGAGAAACAGGUCGCGAAGCCUGAGUAUGGAUCGGAGUUCAAUCGCAAAGCACAGGCGAUCCUUAACCCCAAGGGCUCUGGAUCGAAACAGCCGAUAUCCAGAUCGUGGCCGUGCUCGUCAUCCACGCAGCUCCGAGAGAGCCCGAAGUAA